AUGCGGCUAGGAAACUACCAGUAUAUUGAGUUUCUUCAGUGGGAAAUUAAGCUGCAGGUAAAAAGCAUGCAGGCUGUGGGAAAGGUAAACGUCACCUGUCUGUUCAUCAGUGCAUUUGCCAAGAAGGUUUCCAGCAGGCAAGUUGACUGGGAAAUGGCUCUUAGGAGCUUUGGGUUUGAGCGUGAGCCAGAACCACGAGAACCUUUGGGUUUGAGCGUGAGCCAGAACCAUGAGAAGUAUGUGAGCUACGAGAGCUAUGAUAGCUAUUAUGGCCAAUAUACGUCACAAAACAACGUGACUGAUUCGCCACCAUCCAAAACUGCUGAUGCUGUUUCUUCAGAGAAAGAUAAGAAGAGAAAAGGUCUACUUGUUCAGGGCAAGGUGUGGACAUUCAUCAUUUGCCACGAAUGCGGAAAACGACGUGUUGUAUACUCUGGACGAAAAUUGACAGCAGGGCAAGCGAUGGCACUCGAAAGACUACAGGAAGAAGUCAAUUAUUCCUGUGGGUCCAGCCUUUUUCUGGAAGGGUCUGAAUUUGCUGAUGUAGUUGUCGCGAGGGAAGGCAUCAACUGCAACUCCAACAUUGAAACAACAUAUUUUGCCGGGAAAACUGCUGUCUUCGAUGACAUCUGCUUCUUCUGUGGCGAUGAUCAUGUGGCAGAAACUCCAGAAAUCGUGGAGCUGCAACGUGAGUAUGGAAUAGUCCGACCAAUGUGCACUACUUGCCUUUCCUCUGGGAAAAAGCCAGUGGUAAGAAAUGCAAAUAGAGUGAUGAAGAAACAGAAGAAAUGAAUCCAUCAAUAGACAGUGAUAUUUACAGUGCCUUUAGUUUCAUGUUGUUUUCUUCUGAAAUGGUAAUAAAACAAUUUGUAUCUUUUUUAAAUCUUGGCUUGUUCUUUUUAAAUUCCUUUGGGGCUGGUGGAUAGUAGUUUCCUCUCAUACACAGCAUGUAAUACCUGGCUUCAGUAUGUCAAGGCUGGGAACUUUUUUGGAUCUUUUUUAG